AUGGACGAGCUGGUCUCCAAGGGCUCGUUCGGGAAGGUGUACAAGGUGACGCGCAUCAGCGACGGGCGCGUGUUCGCGCUCAAGGAGGUCGACCUCGAAGGCAUGAAGCGCGCAGAGCGCGAGGAGGCGAUGGACGAGGCGCGCAUGCUGUCCCAGCUCGCGUCGCCGCACGUCAUCCGCUACCACGAGGCCUUUCUGGAGGAGGGCCGCCUGUACAUCGUCAUGGAGUACGCGGCGCGCGGGACCAUCCACGGGUGCGUGCGCGCGCGGGGCCGGCCGCGUGCGUGCGUGCGCUGGGCGCGGUGGCGUGUGCGUGUGCGUGCGAGAGAGAGCGCGCGCGUGUGCGUGCGUGUGUGUGUGCAGGCUGGUGAAGAAGGCGGGCGGGCGGGGGCUGCCGGAGCGGCAGGUGUGGCGGUACUUCCUGCACGCGCUGGUGGGGCUGGCGCACAUCCACUCGGAGCGCAUCAUCCACCGCGACGUGAAGGCGCUGAACCUGAUGAUUGA